UUCCAAUCCCAUAAGAACACCACACUUAAGUCCAGAGGAAGCAGAGCUCACGGGUUACCACAAAGAAAACAACUGAUUUUGAAUGUCUUAAUCAACCAAUAGUUAAAUCAAUCAAUACUUUUUUCGAAGUGCUUUUCAAGAUCCAAAGACCAUGUUGGCAACACCUGCGGCAGGCACGUUCGGCCCUUCAGCAAACAUGUUUGGCACCGUCCCAGGAUAUGAGGGAACUCUGGCCGGUGGAGGUGGUGGGUAUCUUCCACCUCCAAUGCCGUCUGUACCAAUCCCUGCCCCUGUGCCUUCCCCCAACCAACCAGAGUGGCUAAUUCCUUCCAUCUCAGAAGAAAGAGCACGUGAAGCUCUUGCAACACAUGUCGAUAGCAAGUGCUGCUACAGCUCUGCCCCUGUCAAAGAAGGAGUUAUAACCAACAUGGAAAUCUUUAAUACCUACAGGUACCGUUUAGAGACGUUCACAGAGUCCAGAUCUACUGAAUGGAGUCACGAGCCUUACACAGGGCAGACUGUGGAUGCUGGUGCUCAACCACCUCCAGGUCCAUGGCAGAUCGCAGUUCAAGCUCCAGCCUUCUUUCAGGAUAAAAAACAGGCCAUUAAAGUGCCCUAUACUUCCUCUCUCAAGAACUGUCACACGUGUCUUGGAAUGGGGAGAGCCCCGUGUUCCACAUGUGCUGGAGCUGGAAAUAAAGUCUGCACGAUAUGUAAUGGUUCUGGUAAUCGUGUGGGUGAUGAGCGUUGCACGCACUGCAACGGGCAAGGACGUGAUAAUUGUAGUUCAUGCAGUGGCAGCGGCUCUUGCCAAUGUGACACCUGCCAAGGAAAGAGACAGCUGCUCGUCUUUAUCAAUCUCAAUGUAAAAUGGAGCACAGAGAAAGAUGAUUUCGUAGCACAACAGUCGAGUGGACUGAAAGUGAGCAAUCUAGAGAGCGUUUCAGGAAAGGAGCUCUUCAAAGAUACCCAGUUUAUGCUAUAUCCAGUGAUGGGUUUCCCAGACGCCUCUGUUGGCCAAGCAUCUGAGCGUUUAGUAAGAGAACAUCAGGUGAAAUUUGCCCAAACCUCCCGCUUAUUACAACAGAGGCAGACAAUAGAGCUCAUUCCCAUCACCAAAGUAAACUACAUGUGGAAAGGAAAAUCCCAUGUUUAUUUUGUGUAUGGAAAUGAGUUUAAAGUGAAUGCUGAUGAAUAUCCCGCCACCUGUUGCUGUUCUGUGAUGUAACUCUGAAAAUUCACACAUACAGUAGGCCUAUAUUGUUUUGGGGGCUGAUGUAACUCUACACAAUCAUCCCAACACUGGAAAGUACAUCCAAACAUCAUCAAUGUUGCCUAUACAUCUCUCACACUUAUGGGCAUUAUUAGUAAAAGAAGUCCAUCAAAACUGUUGCAUGGUAAAUUCAAAUCCUGUAGAUGUUUGUUAUAUGACUCAGUGUUCCCAGUAAGUGUGAAUUACUACAUUUUCCCCUCCAGCAAGAAACUGUUCAAGAGUCAUCAACAUACAGUAGCUUGUAUCACAAAUUUCAAUGAGAAAAUAGUCUGUAAGAACAUUUUUGUUAAAAUUAUGUAAUGAGUUAAAAUAUGAUAACAUAUCACCUAAUUUCCCUGCUUUGUUGGGUAACACUUUACAAUAAGGUUGUUUUUGUUAAUGUUAGUUAAAUGAAAUAACAAUGAACAAUAAUUUUACAGCACUUGGUUAUCUUGGUUAAUGUUCAUUUCAACAUACUAUUACAGUAAACGUUUGAAAUAAACAUGUAUAUGUUAACAUUAGUUAAUACAUUAUAAACAAACAAUAAACAAUUGUUUUGAUAACAUAAACUAAGAAUAUUUAAUGCUGUAAAAAUAUAUUGGUUAGUGUAAGUUCAUGAUACCUGAAGCAUUUACAAUUUUUUUUUUAUGUAAUAAUUUUUUUAUUGUAAUGUUCCUUUUUUUGUAUUUCCAUUUACAAAUACUGUAAUAAUUGAUAUGUGUAUACGUCAAUACAAUAUAUAAGUAUAAGUAAAUACAAGACUACACAUUUUAAGCCAUCAUUGCACAAAAGUAAAUGUAGUUUAUUGUAGUCGAGAUACAAAUCUUUAUUGUUAACUAAUAGACUGUGCAAUACUUUUAUGGAAUUAUGCAAACAGUAUUCCUGAACAAUUGUUAGUGUACAUGACUUCAAAGAUAAUAAGCAUACCUAUGGGUGGGAUUGUUUUUGAACUGUUGAUUUAAUGUUAAAUGAAAGCAAUGGACAUCUGCUUUUGUGAAAAGGUCAAUAUGUCAUUUGUAUGUUUAUAUUUUUUUAAUAUAACAAACAUGGUAUGAAUCAGUAAUUAAUACGGUCCAUUACUGUCAUAUAUUAAGUGUUUUCACACAUGUGCUGACAUUGCUUAAUGAUGUUAGAGAUUAAAGGUUUUAUUUUAGCCCUUUAAAAUUCCCCCUAGGAAGAAGCCAAGGAACAAUGAUUUUAUUAAAAGUUCUUAUUAAUAGAUGUCUAAAGAACAACCUCCAAACUAUUUUACAUUAAUAUUUUAUUUCUAGAUGAUAUUAAACUCUACCAUACGGUUGUGAUGUUUAUUGUCAAACUUUCUGUAAAUGGGCAUUACUAUUUCUUGGUCUUUCUAUGUAUAACAAACAGCUUAACUGUAUUAGCAGGUUUUGGAUGCAUUUAAUAAUUUAGCAAACUUCCCAUGAAAUGAUAGAUACCGUUUAAGGGUAUUUUGAUUUGCUACAGUACAUACAGUACAAACCUCAAUAAAUUGGUCAAUGGCAGUCCAUAUUACAUCCAGAUCACAAAAUCAGAUGUGCAUUCAAUUCACAUUUAUUACAAUUCACAUUUUGUUUAGUUUUUUUAUUACUAGUUUUCAACAGGUAACAUGCUAAAUUGUUUUACAUUUAAGUCAUUUGGCAGAUGCUUUUAUCCAAAGCGACUUACAAAAGAGGAAUAUUACUGUACAUCAUAUGCGAUUCAUUUUAAGAACAAAAAGUGCUGCAGUACAAAGUUUCAGUUUUCAAAGUUUUAUUUUUGCUAAAGUCAAGUAUCAAUGAAGGGGGAGAGCAGGAAU